AUGAUGCUGAAGCUGGGGAUUUUGUUUGCCGUUGCUGUUUUUCUGGAGAGGGCCUCUGCAGCCUCUCUUGGUGUGGCGCAAACUGAGGGAGGGAUGGUUGAGGGUGAAACAAUUAGUCUUGGAUUAUCCCGUUCCAUGGACAUCUUCAAGGGAAUUCCCUUUGCUGACAUUCCUGGAAGGUUUGAGAAACCAAAGCGUCACCCUGGAUGGGGAGGUGUUCUAAAGGCCACACAGUACAGAGACGAGUGCCUUCAGCUGAACUUUUUCCAGAAUUGCUACGUAGGCAGUGAGGACUGUCUGUACCUUAACAUUUGGGUUCCUCAUGGCAGCUCAGUAUCUUCUGGUCUCCCUGUCAUGGUUUGGAUCUACGGAGGAGGCUUCAUGAUUGGAGGCUCCAUGGGGCCUUACUACCUGGAUAACUACAUGUACUAUGGGAAGGAGAUAGCAGACAGAGGGAAUGUUAUUGUAGUGACACUUGGGUACCGUGUGGGACCUAUGGGCUUCAUGAGCCCUGGAGAUUCUGAUUUACCUGGAAACUACGGUUUGUGGGAUCAGCAGGCCGCCAUCGCCUGGGUGCACAGAAACAUCCGCUCAUUUGGAGGCGACCCUGACAACAUCACCGUCUUUGGAGAAUCUGCAGGUGGAGUUAGUGUUAGCUUCCAGACUCUCACUCCCCACAAUAAAGGGAUCAUCAGGAGAGCCAUCUCCCAGAGUGGGGUGGCACUUUGCCCCUGGGCACUCAACAGAAACCCUCGUAGGUUUGCUGAGGAGGUUGCUCGGAAGGUCAACUGCCCAACUGAUAACAGAAUGGCUUCCUGUCUGAAGAUGACUGAUCCUGGGACCCUAACAAAGGCAGGAACUGUGAAUUUGCUCAGUUCACCUGAUCAUAAGGACUACCCCCUUGUGUUGAACCUGGAGAUAGCCCCUGUGAUCGAUGGUGACUUCUUGCAAGACGAUCCUUCCAACUUGUUCCACAAUGCAGCUGAAAUUGAUUACAUUGCUGGAGUCAACAACAUGGACGGGCAUAUGUUCACCAAUUUUGAUGUUCCAUCAGUCAACCUUGAUCUGGUUGUCACCCCUACUAACGAUGUGAGGAGGCUUUUGGCUGCCUUAACAAAGGAGAAGGGUGAGUCUGGCCUGAACAAUGCCUACUCCACGUAUACCUCAAAUUGGGGAAGUUUUCCCACCUGGGAUACCAUCAAGAAAACCAUUGUUGAUAUUGAAACAGACUACAUUUUCCUGGUUCCUACACAGGCUGCCCUUUAUCUUCAUGCUGACCAUGCCACAACUGGUCGCACCUACUCCUACCUCUUCUCUGAGCCCAACCGUAUGGGCGGUCCUUUAUUGCCCUACCCAAGCUGGAUGGGAGCUGACCACGCUGACGACCUGCAGUACAUGUUUGGAAAGCCCUUCAGCUCACCACUUGUAUACUGGCCAAGCCAUCGCCGUGUCUCUGACUACUUGAUCUCCUACUGGACCAACUUUGCCAAAACUGGAGAUCCUAACAAGGGAGAUUCAGCCGUGCCUGCUACCUGGCCAACAUUCACCAGAAGUGGUGAAAAGUUCCUGGAGAUCAAUUCUGACAUGAACCAGAAUUACAUAAGGCAGGAAAUGAGGCUGUGUUAUGUGCAUUUCUGGACCAGCAUCCUGCCCAGCCUUCCCACAGUCACCUCUGAAUAA